UUACAUUUUUACCAAACAAUAAAGCAAUAUAUAUACAUAUAUAUGUACAUAUUUGAUACAUAUACACAAGAAUGGAAAUACUUUCGUCUUUCGCACUUCAAAUAACCUGUUAGCAAUUUCGUUCUUAUGGAAAUCGUUUAGCACAUGCAAUGCUAACUCUUUUCUAAUAGCCCAAAAGCCCUUUGUAGCUGCUUUAUGGGCUUUAGUGAAAUUGUUUAUAAGUAGACCAACAGCCAGCCAGUUAAACGACUUACAAUUUCUCAAGUAGUUGUUAAUUGAUCUGAUUUGAGUGCUUGCCACCUCGCCUCUCUCGCGUUACAAAGAAAGUGAGUGUUUGGUGCGAGAAUUCUUGGACUCUGCUGCUGGCUCAGUUGUUCUUUGGAUCUGCAGCCGUAAAGAGACUUUGAUGCCAUGCUGACAGCAAUUGCCGUUUUGUACUUGAUAGGCGUGGCAGUGGCCAGCAGCAGCAGCAGGAGCAGCAGCUUAAGUAGCUCUCCCGUUAAUCAUCUACAGCGGUUCAGCAGAUCUCUGCUCUUUCCAGCAACCGCCCCAACGCGUGUGCAGUUCAUUGGCGGCAUUGGCAUUCCUGUGGAGGACUUACCCUUUGAGUCCGUUACGUCGGGCUAUGUGCUGAAGACGGAAUACUUUCUGCCCACCACAGCCGAGGAGAUCACCAGAGUUUACCUCAAGCCGCAGCCCAUAACAGGCAGAGAUCAUGUGGGUCAUAUGGAAGAAGCAUCCGGCAUGGGCUCCAUGUAUCGCUGGGUCAUCUAUCGAGGCAUCGAGACGGUUUUACAGAACAUAAAGCUACCUGGACGCAGCUGCCUCCUGCGCGUCAUUUGCGAACAUGCCGCGCUGCCCUUGACUCAUGAAAGUGGAUUACUGGGUGAGCUGCUGCACAUAGUGCUGACUCCAUCGAGCUCCUUGGACCACUACGCCCUGCACACCGAUCGAGAGUACUUGGUUGCGGAACGCUUUGGCAAACGUGGCGGCAGCUGCGAAUCUGCCUAUGGACACAAAUGCCCGAGCUCUCCCAUGGGACUGAUCACCGUGUUACUCUGAGUUAUUAGUACUAUAGGACGAUUGUGAUCAAUUUUCAUUAUCAGUUGCUACCAACUAGACAAUAUUCAUGCACGGUGCAAAAACAGUGGAAUCAUUAUAUAUAUUUAUAUAUACACUUAUAUGAAUCUUAUUUUUGCAACUCAAUAUAAUUUAUUUGUUUAAUUUUGAGCUACUAACUGUGAAGAUCUGUAAAUA